CCCGGAGAAACUAUCAUGCCUGAGAGACUAGGAGGAAAAGUUCCAUUUCCACGCGUCAAACUGUGAGGAAAAUGGCGAGUCUGUGGAGACUAAAGCAGAGGGGUCAUGUGAAUGGACUUUAUUUUGAUUGUGUGGUGUGGAAACAGUUGAGAACGGCAGAACGCGAAUCUUCAGUGCAUGAAAAAGGAAGCGUCAACUUUGUCGCGUUUUCAUUUCAGUAAUGUGGCUUUUUUUUACGCGACGUUGGCACCUACCGAACAAAUCACAAGCAACUCUCUCUUCAGCGAGCAAGAGAGAAUUGGCCAAAUAUCUGCUGUAUCAACAUUCUGAUGGGUUACAAUGGGACUACAUCGCAGUUGUCGGAUAAAUAUUGUGUUUAAGAUAUUUUGAAGAUGUUUACCUCACGUAUAAAAGGACAACACUCACAUUCGGGUCGCGCGGCGUGCUCGCGAACGCACUUUGCAGAUGUUAGAUAAUCACGAUCAUCAGUCAUUUGACACCAAGUAGCAAUAUGCAUACAUCUACUUAGUCUUUUUUAUUUGAUUUUAUUUUUUUAUUUUUUUUUAUUUAUAUAUAUAUAUGUUUUAUCUGCUGUAUUGACUGUAUAAUGGCCUUCAGGUCCAGAAGACCGUGGGUGAGUGUGCUCGUGGGGGUUUUUCUAGGGUUCACAGCCGCGUCGUGGCUGGUUGUGCCCAGAGUUGUGGAAAUAAGUGUGAAGAACAGAAGAUCCUCAAUAUGUUCAUACUACAGUAACGCCAGAGCUCAGAAAGUUUCAGACACUUCCCGCAGUACCUCAACUACCAACGCCAGACAAAAGCAGCAGAAUCUCUUCUCCAGUGAUGGUGAAGAAGAUCCUUACAGGACAGAGAACAGCAGUGAUGGAGCAGGACCAGUACCUCCAGCCAAAAGCUUUCUGUAUGUGGGGGUCAUGACAGCACAGAAGUAUCUGAGCUCCAGGGCCGUGGCUGCCCACCGGACGUGGACUUCCAGCAUCCCCGGGCGGGUGGAGUUCUUCUCUAGUGAGGGGUCUGAGAAGGUGCCCCUGCCAACUCUAGUGCCCGUCAUCUCACUGGCAGGAGUGGAUGAUUCAUACCCCCCUCAGAAGAAGUCUUUCAUGAUGCUGAAGUACAUGCACGACCAUUACCUGAAUAAAUAUGAGUGGUUUAUGAGGGCCGACGAUGAUGUCUACAUUAGAGGUGAGAAGUUGGAGUUAUUUCUCCGCUCUCUUAACAGUAGUAAACCACUGUAUCUGGGUCAGACUGGUUUGGGGACCACAGAGGAGCUGGGCAAACUGGCACUGGAGCCCGGAGAGAACUUCUGCAUGGGUGGUCCAGGGAUGAUCUUCAGCAGGGAAGUUCUCCGCAGGAUGGUGCCACACAUCGGGGCCUGUCUCAGGGAGAUGUACACUACACAUGAAGAUGUGGAGAUAGGACGCUGUGUCAGGCGGUUUGGAGGGACACAGUGCGUCUGGUCAUAUGAGAUGCAGCAGCUAUUCUAUGAGAACUAUGAGCACAACAAAAAAGGUUUCAUCCAGGAGCUGCACAGCAGCAAGAUCCACAAUGCCAUCACGCUGCACCCCAACAAACGUCCAGCCUACCAGUACCGGCUCCACAGUUACCUGCUCAGCCGCAAGAUCUCUGAGCUGCGGUACCGCACCGUUCAGCUUCACCGUGAAGGCGUCACUAUGAGUCGCCUCGGCAAUGCCGAAGUGCAGUGGGAGGACCAGCUGCUGGGGGCACCACCUUCCUACAUGCGCUACCGGCCCACCGAGCGUGGAGACAUCAUCGAGUGGGACUUCGUGACAGGCAGGCACAUGUACUCAACCAGUGAGAAGCAAAUGCCUCGUCAGGGCCUUGGAAACCUGGUUCGCACGGCACUGGAGGGCACGGUGCUUCAAGUGAUGGAGAUGAUCAAUGAGAACUCUAAAGCUCGGGGCCGUGUCAUCGACUUCAAAGAGAUCCAGUAUGGCUAUCGACGAGUGGAUCCGCUUCACGGUGCUGAAUACAUCUUGGAUCUUCUGCUGCUUUACAAGAAGCACAAGGGCAGGAAAGUCACGGUUCCUGUCCGGAGACACGCAUACCUACAGCAGUCCUUCAGUCGACCGUUCUUCAGUGAGGCAGAGGAACUGGACAUUGACAAACUAGAGGAUGCCAUCAAUAGUGACUCUCGUUCCCUCUCCUUCCUCUCCAGUUCACUCAAGCUGUUCUCUUCCUUCCAGAUCUCAGAGUCCACAAAAGAGAUGCAAAGUCAAAAAAAGGUUCACUUCCUCGUACCACUCACCGGCCGCUAUGAAACCUUUGUUCGUUUCAUGAAAAACUUUGAGAGAAUCUGUCUUAUCCCCAACCAAAAUGUCAAGCUGACCAUAAUCCUGGUCGAUAAUGAUACAAACCAGGACAAGGAGAGGCACCUGGAGUUGAUAAAGGAAUACCACAACAAAUACCCUAAAUCAGACUUGUCCAUCAUACCCAUGACAGGACAAUUCUCACGUGGCUUGGCCCUUGAGAUGGGAUCUUCCCAAUUGAGAAAUGACUCAUUGCUGUUCUUCUGCGAUGUGGACCUGGUCUUCAAUUCUGACGCCCUCCAGAGGUGUCGAGACAACGUCAUUGAAGGAAGUCAGGUGUAUUUCCCUGUCAUCUUCAGUCAGUAUGAUCCCAAAAUUGUUUAUGCUGGUGACCCUCCAGAAGACAGCAGCUUUGUUUUUACCAAGAAGAGUGGGUUCUGGCGGGAUUAUGGGUUUGGUAUCACCUGCAUAUUCAAAAGUGAUUUGCUCAGAGCUGGAGGUUUUGACACGUCAAUCCAAGGCUGGGGUUUGGAGGAUGUCGAUUUGUUCACAAAAGUAAUUAAUUCUGGUUUGAAAGUGUUCCGCUCUCAAGAAGCAGGUAUUGUGCAUAUUUAUCACCCUGUCCUCUGUGGCACACAUUUAGAGCCCAAGCAAUACAAAAUGUGCCUCGGGUCCAAAGCGAGCACUUACGCAUCCACAAUGCAGUUAGCAGAAUUGUGGCUGUUGAAACAUUUAGCUGUCGGGAAUAACAGGACCUCCUCCUGACCUUCCAACAAAUCCAUCAGCAUUGCUGGAGUUUACCUCAGUUCUGCAUGAGUGCAUACAGCAACAGGCUGACUGUAUGUGUGCAUGUUUGUAGGGGGUAUGGACGAAUGUAUGUCCAUACAUAUACAUUUAAUCACAUGAGUUAAUUCCAGAUACACUCCGAUUCCUUUGGUGCAGCAUCUUUCAUUGGUUUCUCUUUGCCAUGUAAUCUGCUACAGCAUCUUCCAAAGGAUAUUUAUUGUACAGGUCUGAACAGAAGGUCACUUUGGAGCACUUUGGGGGGAGGUUUCACGUUUGCCAUCUAGCAAUCUGUUCAUAUCCUCUAGAGCUUUCUCACGUGAACAUCAUGAAUGGACGUGUUUAAUACGGUCCUCUUAAUGACUAAGGAGAAACCAGCUCUGUUUCAAAACCUAGUUUGAGCUGCUUACCUAAACAGUAUUUUCAUGCAUCAUAGGUGCACUCCCAAUGUGUAGGUGGUUACAAAAGAUAUCCCCUUGAAAGAUUUGUUCUUUCAAUUUUAAACUGAAACCUUUGAAUCAUCACAUGUAUGCUUAGCAGUAAAGGCAAUCUCAGAAUGCAUUGUGCUGUCUGAAAAUGAUAGAUGAGUUAUAAAUAUAUUUCAUUCAAAACUGAAAACUACCAACAUUAAAUUGUUCAGUCUAGUUAAGUUUAAAAAAUCAUUUGUAUAAUAAACUCAGCAAAAAAAGAAACAUCCUCUAACUUUCAACUGCUUUUAUUUUCAGCAAACUUAACAUGUGUAAAUAUUUGUAUGAACAUAAAAAGAUUCAACAACUAAGACAUAAACUGAACAAGUUUCACAGACAUGUGACUAACAGAAAUGGAAUAAUGUGUCCCUGAAUAAAGGGGGGGGGGGGGGGGUCAAAAUCAAAAGUAACGGUCAGUAUCUGGUGUGGCCACCAGCUGCAUUAAGUACUGUAGUGCAUCUCCUCCUCAUGGACUGCACCAGAUUUGCCAGUUCUUGCUGUGAGAUGUUACCCCACUCUUCCACCAAGGCACUUGCAAGUUCCCGGACAUUUCUGGGGGGAAUGGAUUGAGAUCCCAUUGAGCACCAUGCUCUUUGCUCACCAUGGCAGAACACUGACAUUCCUUUUUGCAGAAAAUCAUGCACAGAACUAGCAGUAUGGCUGGUGGCAUUGUCAUGCUUGAGGGUCAUGUCAAGAUGAGCCUGCAGGAAGGGUACCACAUGAGGGAGGAGGAUGUCUUACCUGUAACGCACAGCGUUGAGAUUGCCUGCAAUAACAACAAGCUCAGUCCGAUGAUGCUGUGACACACCGCCCCAGACCAUGACGGACCCUCCACCUCGAAAUCGAUCCCACUCCAGAGUACAGGCCUCAGUGUAACACUCAUUCCUUUGACGAUAAACGUGAGUCCGACCAUCACCCCUGGUGAGACAAAACCGCGACUCGUCAGUGAAGAGCACUUUUUGCCAGUCUUUUCUGGUCCAGCGAAGGUGGGUUUGUGCCAUAGGCGACGUUGUUGCCGGUGAUGUCUGGUAAGGACCUGCCUUACAACAGGCUUACAAGCCCUCAGUCCAGCCUCUCUCAGCCUAUUGCGGACAGUCUGAGCACUGAUGGAGGGAUUGUGCAUGCCUGGUGUAACUCGGACAGUUGUUGUUGCCAUCCUGUACCUGUCCCGCAGGUGUGAUAUUCAGAUGUACCGAUCCUGUGCAGGUGUUAUUACAUAUGGUCUGCCACUGCGAGGAUGAUCAGCUGUCCUUCCUGUCUCCCUGUAGUGCUGUCUUAGGCGUCUCACAGUACGGACAUUGCAAUUUAUUGCCCUGGCCACAUCUGCAUUCCUCAUGCCUCCAUGCAGCAUGCCUAAGGCACGUUCACGCAGAUGAGCAGGGACCCUGGGCAUCUUUCUUUUGGUGUUUUUCAGAGUAAGUAGAAAGGUCUCAGUGUCCUAAUUUUUUAUAACUGUGACCUUAAUUGCCUACUGUCUGUAAGCUGUUAGUGUCUUAAAGACCGUUCCACAGGUGCAUGUUCAUUAAUUGUUUGUGGUCCAUGGAACAAGCAUGGAAAACAUUGUUUAAACCCUUUACAAUAAAGAUCUGUAAAGUUAUUUGUAUUUUUACAAAAUUAUCUUUAAAAUACAGUGUCCUGAAAAAGGGACGUUUCUUUUAUGCUGAGUUUAUGUAUAUUUAUACUUACACUAGAGUAUCACAAUGUUAGCUUAGCAACAUGCUGACGUCAAUGUAGAGAUUCCCAGAUUAGUCACUUAUGAGGUUCCAUGAUGAUUAGGACAGUAGAUAGCUACUCUGCUCGCUAGGUUUUGGAACAGAAAUAUUGAGUCUAUAUGUGAUUAAACGGACACAAGCUAUCCCAUCUUGCAAUGUUUGUAAUAAUAAUCAUAUUAAUAAUAAAGAUUUUUAUAAAAAUAAUAAUAAUGUACUGAAAGUGCCACAAAUGUGCUUUAAAUUAUUCCAUUGGGGAAAGUGAAUGAAGACAAAUAUAUAUCUCUUAUUUACACAAAGAGAAAGAUUGUACUUUAUUGCUGUAUUUUUUUUUUUUAUGUAUGUGAAGUGUUUUUUGUUUUUUUUUUCUACUUAAACUUGCCCAUGAUAGUAUGGUACUGGUUACCAUGUGACAUAUAUGUUUGUUAUUUUAUUCUUAUGUCCUUCAUUGAACUACAUACAUUUUGUUUAUUACUUUUGCUGUGUGGCAUUUAUGUGAACUACUCAAUGACUUUCUUUAUUUAUAAUUAAAACUUCAAAAUGCAUAAAACCUGAAUGUCUGGAAUUUAAAUCUGUUCUGAUCUAGACAAUAGAGCAUGUUUAAAAUUAAGUUUGUAUAAAUUAAUAUAGGGUUCCAAAUGUCUGAGACCUUAAUUUAACAAAUUAAAUAUAAAUUAAAUAUUGACAGGUUUUUUGAAUAUUUCAUCCUCUUCUGACAUUAUUUGUUUUUUCUUUGUUUGAUAUUUUUUCAAAUUUCUAAAACUUAGAAGGUCAUGCUAAUCUGAAAAUCUGGAUUGUCUGAAAUGUGUCCAAAGAACCCUAAAAUAUUACUCUAUAUAAUGUUACAAAAUAAUUACUGUCAAAUCUAACAUUAGGGAAGAACAUAAAAUAUCUCACUUUUAUAAUGCAGGACUAUAUUUAAGACAAA